AUUGUGCAACAAACCAAAAUGGCCGUACUGACCGGGAGCAGGUCAUCGCUUAGACGAGGUGUCGCAAUCAACCCUGUCAGCCAAGCUGAGAAGUACAUAGAGGAAUUGGAUGACCCUCCAGGUUUUAGGGUUCACAAAUUUAAGAAGAAAGUGUUGAUGCAUCAGUAGAAGAUAACAAUCUAGGCCGACUGGUCAAUCACGGUGAGAAAAAGGAGCGGAACUGUGCAAUGAAAGAAUUUCAUGGACACCUCUGCUUAUUUGCAAAAAGACAAUCUCCAAGAUGAGACUGUGGAGCACAAUCUCCGGGAUGACACCAUGGAGCAAUCAAGAACACAACCUGAUAAGAUAAAUGAGUCAUCAAUGCAACAUUCAAGGAAUUUGAACAAAAACAAUCUCCAAGAUGACACUGUGGAGCACAAUCUCCAAGAUGACACUGUGGAGCAAUCCAGAACACCACCUGAUCAGAUAAAUGAGUCAUCAAUGCAACAUUCAAGCAAUUUGAACAAUAACAAUCUCCAAGAUGACACUGUGGAGCAUUCCAGAACACCACCUGAUCAGAUAAAUGAGUCAUCAAUGCAACAUUCAAGCAAUUUGAACAAUAACAGUCUCCAAGAUGACACUGUGGAGCAAUCCAGAACACCACCUGAUAAGAUAAAUGAGUCAUCAAUGCAACAUUCAAACAAUUUGAACAAUAACAAUCUCCAAGAUGACACUGUGGAGCAAUCAAGAACACAACCUGAUCAGAUAAAUGUGUCACCAAUGCAACAUUCAAGCAAUUUGAACAAUAACAAUCUCCAAGAUGACACUGUGGAGCAAUCAAGAACACAACCUGAUCAGAUAAAUGUGUCACCAAUGCAACAUUCAAGCAAUUUGAACAAUAACAAUCUCCAAGAUGACACUGUGGAGCACAAUUUCCAAGAUGACACUGUGGAGCAUUCCAGAACACCACCUGAUCAGAUAAAUGAGUCAUCAAUGCAACACUCAAGCAAUUUGAACAAUAACAAUCUCCAAGAUGAGACUGUGGAGCACAAUCUCCGGGAUGACACCAUGGAGAAAUCAAGAACACAACCUGAUAAGAUAAAUGAGUCAUCAAUGCAACAUUCAAGCAAUUUGAACAAUAACAAUCUCCAAGAUGAGACUGUGGAGCACAAUCUCCGUGAUGACACCAUGGAGCAAUCCAGAACACAACCUGAUAAGAUAAAUGAGUCAUCAAUGCAACAUUCAAGCAAUUUGAACAAUAACAAUCUCCAAGAUGACACUGUGGAGCACAAUCUCUGUGAUGACAGCACGGAGCAAUCCAGAACACCACCUGAUCAGAUAAAUGAGUCAUCAAUGCAACAUUCAAGCUAUUUGAACAAUAAUGACACAGUGGAGCACAAUCUCAGUGAUGACACCAUGGAGCAAUCCAGAACACCACCUGAUCCGAUAAAUGAGUCAUCAAUGCAACAUUCAAGCAAUUUGAACAAUAACAAUCUCCAAGAUAACACUGUGGAGCACAAUCUCCGUGAUGACACCAUGGAGCAAUCCAGAACACCACCCGAUCAGAUAAAUGAGUCAUCAACGCAACAUUCAAGCAAUUUCAACAGUAAUGAUGACCUGAACACUUCAACAAUUGAUGAUGACAGUGUAAAAGACCACGAUUUCAGUUUUGGAGACUCAGAUGAGCAGUAUGUAUCAGAAGCGGAUCAUGUUUCAGACUCUGAUGACAACUCGGAUGUUUUGCCAUUUGUACAGGCUCUUCCAAUGCUACAAAACAAACAUACUUUAGAAGAUACUAGUGUGGGAACUAAGCCUAAAAAGAUGAAAAAAAGUUUUCAGUGUGACAGUUUUACUUCAACCGAAAAUCAUGAAACAGAUGCAUUGAGUAACAAAUCUAACACUGUCAAGUUGCAACCAAAUCGUAAUGCAGAAGGAAAACGAGUUUGGGAUAAGUUACAUUAUUGUGUGUACUGUGAGGACUGUUUUACUAACUUAUCAAAGCAUCUGUUAGGUUUCCAUAAAAAUGAAAAUGAAGGUGUACGAAUAAGCAGUAUGCCUAAGAAUUCAAAGGAAAGAGCAGACUCUCUUCAAAAGCUGCGAAAUGCUGGAGACUACAAACACAACAUGGAUGUCUUAAAAAUUGGGAAUGGUAUGUUGAUAACUUGGUCCAGAAAAUUAGGAAAGGGACAUUCCCCAUCUGAUUAUCUACCAUGUGAAGAUUGUUUGGCUUUUUUCUUGAAAGACAGUUUGUGGAGGCAUAGGAAAAAUUGUCCUUUUAGAAAAGAAAAACCAGUGAACCGAAGAGUACAAUCUGCAGCAUCUCUAUUGUUACCUGUGUCAAAGGAAAUUAGUGCAGGACUGAAAGAAAAUGUUGUUAAGAAAAUGCUAGGUGAUGAAGUUACCAUUGCUGUGCGGAAUGACAGCUUGAUUUUGUCAGUAGGGGAAAAGUUAUUUCAGAAACAUGGCCAUCUUGAACACCUGAACUUAUACAUUAGCCAGAAGAUGCGGGAGUUAGGGAGACUUCUGAUAAGUGCAAGACACAUUGAUCCAGAAAUUCAGUACCUUAGUGACUUACUUGUUCCAGCAAAGUUUAAAAAAAAGUGGUAA